AUGGGAGGAGGGGCCGUUGGCCAGAGGCUGGCGGAGCGGAAAGCUGAGACAUCCAUCCAAGGCUUUCUUCGGCCUCUGGCCCUGCUCCUUGCCCCCUCCCCCACCUUUGCCUAUGCCAAGAGGCAGCUCCCGGAGAGCUCGGAGCUGGAAGACGACGACGCCGAGGGCCUGUCCUCCCGCCUAAGCGGCACCCUCAGUUUCACCAGCGCCGACGACGAGGACGACGAGGGCGACGAGGAGGUUGGCCCCGACCCGCUGGCUCCUGGGGACGGGGCGUCGGGAAUAGACGCAGAACUGAGCACCCCACCUGACGCGCCUCGGGGCAGUCAGCUCCUGACCCGGCAGCUGCAGGACUUCUGGAAAAAGUCAAGGAGCACCCUGGUAUCCCAGCGGCUGCUUUUCGAAGUCACAAGCGCCAAUGUCGUCAAGGACCCACCCUCCAAGUACGUGUUCAUCUCUGUCUUUCUCUUUGUGCUGCGAUGGGCCUGGGUCAUUUCAGACGAGCCUCAGCUCUACACCCUCGCCGUGAUUGGUCCCGGUCUCCCAGACCACCAGCCAGCCCAGAUCUCCCGCCGCUACUCGGACUUUGAGCAGCUGCACCGGAGCCUACAGCGGCGGUUCCGGGGCCCCAUGGCGGCCAUCUCCUUCCCCAGGAAGCGCCUGCGCCGGAACUUCACGGCAGAGACCAUUGCACGCCGCAGCCGGGCUUUCGAGCAGUUUCUGGGCCAUCUGCAGGCAGUGCCCGAGCUGCGCCGUGCCCGGGACCUGCAGGACUUCUUCGUGCUGCCCGAGCUCCGGCGGGCCCAGGGCCUCACCUGCACUGGCCUCUACCGUGAGGCCCUGGCGCUGUGGGACAAUGCCUGGCAGCUGCAGACCCAGCUCGGCACCCCCUCUAGCCCAGACCGGCCGCUGCUGACCCUGGCGGGGUUGGCUGUGUGCCACCAAGAGCUGGAGAACCCCAGGGAGGCUCAGGUGUGCUGUGAGAAGGCCCUGCAGCUGCUGGGGGACAAGGACCCCCACCCGCUGCUGGCACCCUUUCUGGAGGCCCAUGUCCGGCUCUCUUGGCGCCUGGGCCUGGACAAACGCCAGACAGAGGCCCGGCUCCAGGCCUUACAGGAGGCAGGCCUGACCCCUACUCCGCCCCCCAGCCUCAAAGAGCUGCUCAUCAAGGAGGUGUUGGACUAAGCCUAGCCUGGGGGGUGCUGGGAGCCCCUAGAGCAGUGGUUCUCAAACUUCCUCAUGCCAUGACCCUUUAAUAUGGCUCCUCAUGUGGUGGUGACCCCC